CACCCCUCCCCCACAAUGGCCUGUUCAGCUGGUUUUGUCAAGUCGCCCCUGUCCCAGAUGAAACUGAUAGAGGACAUUGCAGAGCUGCACUGUGAGGUGACAGGGAACCCCAUCCCAGAGGUGCAGUGGUGGUUCAUAGAGGGCGAGGAGCCCGACGAGACAAUGACCCAGCUGUUCGAUGGGGCUCGGCGAGACCGUGUCGAGAUCAACGCCACCUACAUCCUGCACGCCACCAGCUCCAUUCAUCUCUUAAACCUCACGCUCGAUGACUCCGGCACGUACGAGUGCCGCGCUUCCAACGACCCCGACCGCAACGAGCUGAAGAAGGCACCCAAAAUCAAGUGGAUCCGCUCACAGGCUAACGUUAUAGUGUUUGAAUAUCCCUUAAUUGUGUCUUCACCUAUGGAGGUGAACAACCAGACCUCUGCCAUCCUCUCGUGCAACCUGACCAACCCCCCGUCCACAGUCAAAGGUCAUUACUGGAUGAGGAAUGGCAAUGUGAUCGAGUCAUCCAAGCAGGACUCUGCUGCUCUCUACACCGAGUACAUCUUGGCUAAAAUUGAUUUCCAUUCUGGUGGAGUAUAUGACUGCGUCUUCCUGUCUGAUCCUGUGGUGAAGAAAUCCAUUGCAGUCAAAACUGCUAUCCAUGUCUCGGCCUACAAACGCUCUGAGCAUGGAAACGAGCAGGACAAGGGUGUGCUGGUGUGUGUCAGUCAUGGAUAUCCACUGCCUACUGACUGGAAGUGGUACAAACUGGAAGGAGAAGAAAUGCUGAAGACGGCCAUCACCAACGGUACUGACAGGUAUGAGAUCAAGAGCACCCCCAACAGGACCACCCUGACCAUCAAUGACCUGGACAUCGCCAUGGACAUGGGCGACUACAUGUGCUACGGUGCCAGAGAAGUGGACUCGGCUUUCGACAAGAUCCACCUGCGCGUCCGCAGCCGCCUGGCCGCCCUCUGGCCCUUCCUGGGCAUCGUGGCCGAGGUCAUCAUCUUGGUCAGCAUCAUCUUCAUCUACGAGAAGAGGAGAAAGCCUGAUGAGAUCAACGACGAUGAGGACUCAGGUUCUGCUCCCCUGAAAAGCAAUGCUGCCACAAACCACAAGGAUGUCAGGCAAAGGAACUCCAACUGAGAGAAGAUGAGAGAUAUCCUGAUGACUAUCUUCCAGGAUGAAGAGCAUUUGCUGAGCGUCACAUAAUCUAGUGCACCCUGCGAAUUUUAAACGACUUUAAAUUUAAAUUCUUGAACGUUAAUGUCUUGAGAAAUGGGCUGAAUUGUACUUCUAUAUUUCUCUCCAUAUUGUGCUUUCGGCUUAAGGCCAUUGGCAAAAAAAAAACAUGUUUUUGCAUGAGUUUUAUUGCCGUUCUAGAAGUGUUUGUUCGUAGUGAAGUCCAUUGUAAAAGUUUACGUGGGAAUGAUCUAUUGGUGGUUUUUCUAUUUGUGCUUAUAGCUUCCUUCACGUCUAAAUAUCUGCUCUUAUAUUUGCAAGCAUGAACAGCCACCUGUUAAGCAACAUGGAUCUUACUACGAUUGUGAAAUGUUUGGACACUGACAUGCUUUUUCCCCAGGCCCUAUUACCACACCUGACUCCAAUAAUCAACUAAUCAUUGUCUUUAGAAUGCAAUUAGUUUAAUCAGGUGUGUUUAGAUAUAGGGCUGGGGACAAAUGACAUGAAUCAGGCCCCUGAACUGAAGAGGCCCAUCCAUGCAUCCCUCACAUAGUUGGCUGAGUUAUAGGAUACACCUUAACACAGUCCAUUUGACUUCCUCCACUGUAUUUGAUUUUCCACAGAGGAAGUUAUAAUACUGUAGGUAGUUCCUAAAUUAAACGCAGCAGGUAGGAUUAUAAUGCAAUUUCGUCUGAGUUCCUGCUGUAUUUAAUACAUGCACUGUUGAGAUUUUAAAAGGCUAAUCAUUGCAAAAUAAAAUCAAAGCUUUUUGGAGUUGUACUACUAUGUUAAGGUGUAGUUUUGAAUUUUCUAUGCUUUUGUUGCCAUAGUCACAUCCAUAGUAAUACUUCCUGAAAAAGGACCAAGUGUAAGAGAUGGGUUUUCUGCUUCUGAACAACGACUAAUACAUUAAUCAGAAUGGAAGGCGAUUUUUAAAUGGCUUGUUUUCUUGAAGGGUACAUGGAACCUAAACAGGAUUGACACUAUUGAAGCAUUGUCCUUUUUCUAACCUCCACUUUGUAGACAACUCAGAAGCCACAUGUUGCACUAACUUGAUUUAGUAUUGUGACUGGAUGUGCACCGGUAGUUUAAGAAGUACAUGUGAAAAUGACUGUCAUUUAUUUAGCUUAAAAGUAACUAAUUAGAUUUAACACAACUGUACCAAUUUGCACAAUCUCAAUAAAGUGAUCUGAUUUAA